GUUCAUGAUAAAUAUAUAUAUAUAUAUAACAAUAUAACCAAUAUAUAUAAAUAAAUAUAUUUCUAGUGAGAAAUAUACAUUUUAUAUAUAUAUUUUUUUCUUUUUUAUCGCAUUAAUAUAAUAAAUUAUAAAUAAAGUGAAGUGCAUUUUCGAAAGUGUGAAAAGAGAAAAGAACACUUGGAAGAUAAAAGAAAGAAAGAGAGAUAGAAAGAAAAAUAGAAGUGAAGAGAAAGGAAAAAAGAAGGACGCAACAUUAGAGAGAGAAAGUGAGGUUCGAAAAAACGAUUGGAAGUGUACGUGAGAGAGACAAAAAGAGAGAAAGGAAGAAGUUAAGAGAGAAAGAGAAAAAGAGAGAGAGAGAGAGAGAGAGAGAGCUUGCGACCAACUUCGGGUAAUUCAGAAAAGAUCCUUGCACGAGAGUGCGAUUUUUAUCUUUCGCUCGCCUUCGUUAACCUCCCCACGCAAAAGCUGUUCUUUUGUUAGUGAGCUUUUUUCUUUGGGUGUUACAAAAAAAAAAAAAGAUAGAAAAAGAAAGCAGAUCAUAGAAGCAGAGAGAAGUGAUUUAAUCUCUUCCCCCACUCCUGCUUUAUAUAGUACGAGGAAGAACGAUCUAGAAAAUUUCGCGAACGAACGAGUGAGAGAGAGAGAGAGAGAGAGAGAGAGAGAGAAAGAGAGAGAAAGAGGACGAAAUUUAUAAUCAAAAAAAAUUCAAUAAAAGUAAAAGAAUAAAAGUAAUUUAGAGAAAAUGGAUUCGCCCGUCAUCGUGGACUCAGCAUCCAAAUUCGGACGAGGGAUCGAUCUGGACCGCUCGUUCCCUGGCUUUCCAUUCGACGACGACGACGAUUUUGGUCGACGUACUGACAUACGAGCACAUUUGGACGACCUAGCGGCUCGACACCCAGAGUUUGCAGAUCAUCUUUUAGGACCUCCUUGGGGUGAUAUACCAUUCCGAGGAUCUACGCAUAAUAAUCAACGUCGAGGUUCAGGGAACGGAGGUAGCAGUAGUAGUUAUCCAAAUUAUCCAGACGAGGACGCCAGGAGUCAAGCUAGUGGUAGUAGUGCUGCUAGCGCCGCAAGUGGUGCAAGUGGCGUUAGCUCGCACGGUGAACCAGAGUCUUCGUCAUCUGCUCGUUCACAAAAUCAGCAAUAUAAACAGUCGCAUAGGGAGGAUAGAAGAAAUCCUAUUCCGCAAUACGGUUUACGCAAUACCGUUGACAUCGGCCAACAUCAUCGCGACAAUAUGGAGAAUUCUGAGAAGGAUGCUCGUGGACAACGUUCGAUGUCAGCGCCACCAGAGAACAGACAACAAACGAAUGUUCAGCAAGGCUCGCAUGAGCAAGAUAAACCCCAGCAACAGCCUGGACAACGUUUCGUUUCUAGAGUCGACAUAACGCCACAGCACAAUCAGCAAUCUUCUCCUUCUCAGCAACAGUCAUCGCCGCCACCACCACCACCUCCAACUCAGCAACCACAAAGCAACGUUAGGCAUAUACCAAUAUUUGUAGAAGGUCGUGACGAGCCAGUUAUCUCGAAGAAUACUCAUGCGCCCUUCCAAAGACAACAAUCGCCACCGCAGUUUCAAAAUUCACCACAUUUUUCCAAGUCGUCUCCUUUCAAUCUAGGUUUCGGGUCUAGACAAUGGCGACCACAUUUCCAAGAAUCUUUCUAUCAGCCGCACCCAUCUUUCGAUCAUUCUCCGACACGCCGUGCUCAGCAAUCACCGAAUUAUCAACAACCUAAACAACAGCAGCAAUUUACCGAGAAACAAUGGCACGAGCAACAACCACAAAGACAUCAUCAAUUCGAGUCUCAACCACAAGAACAUCAUCAGUCUCGGCAGAGAGCGCAUCAGCAACAGGAACCAAAGCAAUAUCCGCAGCAACAAACAGCUGGUCAACAAGCGCAACAAGAGGCAUCUAAACCUGUACCAAAACCUGCACCACCCAAAGAUCCUCUCGAGAGAGUAGCUUUGGUACAAAAAGAAGUAGAUUCUCUUGCUGAACAAGUCAAACAGUAUACCGGAAACUCUCGCAAGGAUAAACAAUAUAUUUUCUUGGACGAGAUGCUAACAAGAGAAUUGAUCAAAUUGGAUGACAUAGAAACAGAAGGACGAGAAAAUGUUCGUCAAGCUCGUAAAAAUGCUAUCAAAACUAUACAGGAGACGAUAAGUCUAUUGGAAUCUAAGGCACCUUUACCUGGACAAGAACAAUUCCAAAAAGACCAAUCCCAAACUAUGCAAAUGGAAGAAUGUCAAGAACAAGAGCAAGAAAGUCGUCAAUCGAACGAAGCGAUGGAUGUUGAACAAAACAACGAACAGAACGUACAAGCCAACGAGCCAAUCCCAUUGCCUCCUGGACCUUCCUCGCCAAAAGCUACUUCUGAAACUAAUGAAACUGCUACCGCAGUAACUCAAGAUGAACAACAAAAUGUAUCGAUUGAAAAUCAGUCGAUGAAACAGGAACAGGAAGUUCCAGCUGUUCAGGAACAACAACAACAACAACGAGAACAGCAGCAGGAGGAGAUUGGAAUUGUCGGCGAUAAAUCGUCGAACGAAAACACGAAUAAUAUUACUGAAGUGACGACGCAAAUUGAUUCGUCUACCCCAAUGGAAGUACAAGAGAAAGUAGAAAGUGUCGUUGAGGAAAAGAAAGACGAGAAUCAAAAUGUAUCGCAUGAAAUCAAAUUGGACAGUGACGAACAAAAGCCGAUGGACGAUGAAAAACAAAUUUCGGAUAGUCAGGAAAAGACUAAGGUCGACAAAGGAACGAGUAAAUCACUUUUGUCACCAAAAACAGUUAAGAAAGCAAAGAAACAAGUUAAGCCUAUAUCAGAAAAACCGAUACCUUUGCCACCUCCGCAAAGUACGGAAGCGAAUGCCAAGUAAGGAGAAGUAAGAGGAAGGACGUGGGUCGUCAUGUUGUUUUUCUUUUUGUAAAUCAUAUUUUGUUCGUCGGCAAUCAGAUGGCGCUAAAGUCGCAUAUACCCCCCUCCAACGAACAGGAUUCUACAUCUUAGAAAUCACGAAUUUUGCGACUUUCCGCCAUUUUAUCCUUUUUCUUUCUUUUUUCUUUUUUCUUUCUUUUUUUUUUUUUUAUAGCAAGAGUUCGAUUUAGGGUUGGACUAAUGAUCGUCGUGAAUCCUGCUGAUAACGACGAAUAUACGAAUCUGUAUAACACGUUUUACACGUUGAUAUAUUUUUUCUCCCGUUCAUUUUUACUUUUAUUGUCCUUCGAUGAACAGAAAUAAUAAUAAUAAUAAUAGUAAUAAUAAUAAUCUUCCAAGUACAUAAACUUUUUUUUAUGAAAUUUUCUUCCGCCAUGAUGCACAAUGUUUCUCGAAGGACGACUUAUUACUAUCAGCGUGUGUUUGUGUGUGUGUAUAUAUAUAUAUAUACACACACAUGUAAAGUAUCAGAAAAGUAUUAUUUGAUUUGUAUUUCUGAUAUUUUUUCUUUUUCUUUUUUCUUUUUUUUUUUUUUAAGAAACGCAUAUCGCAUACACAUGAGCACAUGUGUGUAGGGUUGAUACUUUAAAAUCGAUAUACUUGAAAUGGGUACACAUCUAUUUAUAGCAUGUAAUGCAUAUAUGCAGUGAAACAAAAAAAUUUCUUUGCUUGUCUCAAAAUUUGCAUUUUUGUUGUUUUUUGUUAAUGAUUGUUAACAAACAAUUGUGAAUAAUUUUUAUCACAAAUAUAGUAGAGUAUUUCUUAUAUUCCAUCCAAUCGUAACGCGAUAUUAUUUUCUUACCAAAAACUGAUGAUGGUGCCUUGUCAAGUAUCGUUAAACUUACCAUUAGAAAAAAAAAAACAAAGUACUUCAAUACUUUUUUUAUUUGUAUUAUUUACCGAGUUAGGUAAAAAUACAUAUAUACAUGCAUAUACAUAUACGUAUACAUAUGUGUGAAAUACUCGUUCGAGGAAUCAUCGAACCCCAAUUAAUGAAAAGAUGGGAAAAAAAUAAAAAACGAAAAUGGCGUUUUUUUUUUUUUUUACGAUAGUCCAUGCUUCAAAAGAUUCUCGCGAAUUUGUUAGGAAACAACAAAAUAAAUAAACACAUUAUUCAACGGAGAAAAGUUCAUAAGAAUAUGUAUGAAAUAAAAUAUUAUUAAUAAUAAUAAUAAUAAUAAUAAUAACAAUAAUAAUAAUAAUCAAAUGAAAUCAAAAAUAUAAACACCAACGUCAAAUAGAGACCCGUACGCUUUAGUAUUACGGCGCGCACAUUGUAAAGUAUAUAAACUAUAUUAAUUAAUGUUAUUAUUUAUAAUUUAUUGUGUAUGCAUGCACUGAGAUGUGAGAAAGAAAGAGAGAGACAGAGAGAGAGAGGGAGAGAGAGAGAGAGAGAAUUUUCAAAAGAAUUUUCAAGUUCGAUCGUUCCUGCGACUUGCUUGUAUGUGUCAUCGACUGUAACAGUGUGCAAAUACGAAACAUGUACAUACAUAUAGAAGAAGGAAUGAUGUGUGUGUGUGUAUGUGUGUGUGUUCGUUCGUCAAGAAACUAUGCAUUUUGUCCGUUGUCCGAGGAGAAAAAAAAUAAGGAGACUUUUGUUUUUAAGUUUGAAUGAUAAAGAAAUAAAAAAAAGAAUUUAUUAAAAAAAACAAAAAAACAAUAAAUGAACAAAUGAUAAUAUAAUUAAGAACCUAUAAAAGAGACUCUUAUUUUUAACUUAAAAUUAAUAAGGUAAUACAAGCGCGUGGUGCAGUAUUGCCUUCUUUAUAUUUUGUUUUCUUUUUUUAUAAAUUUGAACAAAAUCUUUUGUUGCAAAAAUAUGUAUGUAAGAAAAAAGUUUAUCGAAAGUCGGACGAGGGAUGGUUUGCAUUGUUUUUAUGGUUCCUUGUACAUGGUGAUACUCGGUAAUUUUUGUCUCUUUUUCGUUUUAUUCUUAUUUUAUUUUAUCUUUUAUCUUUCUUUCUUUGUCUAUACGAGAAUUAAGUUCUCGUAAAUACAUUUGUCUUUAGCCAGAGAUUUUGUAUUUUUUCUGAGCAAGAGCGUAUGAAAGACUGAGAGGAGUGUAUGUAUGAGAGUGAGAGGAAGUAACGAUAUGAAAGGUGUAUGUAUGUGUGAGUCAGCGAAUGAGUGAACGUACAUGCGUAUGUAUAUCGAAAAGUUGUAUUGCAAAAAAAUAUAUGAAAAAAAUAUCAAAAAAAAAGGGAAUAAUAAUAAUAAUUAUAAUUAUAAUUAUAAUAGUAAUAAUAAUAAUACAACAUUUUGGUGAACUUGUAAUAAUUUGACGAGUAAACGAAAUUCAAUGAAAAUA